UUUCCACGCACGGAUACCCGGAGCGAGAGCUCCUUCUGGAUAGAACGAGAGGCGAGUGGAAGCUGAGGCGAGGAAAUCAAAAAUAGAAACGGAAAAAGUGAGUGGAAGCCCAACAGCAGAGACGCACAAGUGUUGUUUUUCCCUCUCCCAGCUGGACAGAGCGAGAGGACGAAAGAAAGUGCGUGUGAGAGUGUGAAAGCCUCAGUGCGUGCGCGCGUCUUCACCGCUGACCUUCCGUCAUGUCGCUCCCCGGCUCCCCUCCGCUCCUCUCGCCGGGCUCGGGCGCCCCAACUCCGGUCGCGCUCUACCGCUCUGCCCCGGAUGCGCUCCACACAUCCGUCGCCUCCACCGGCACCUCCAGCCCGGCGCACACCAACUCCCACUCCCACUCCCUGUCCCCGUCUCCACGGCUCACCAGCAGCAUGCUCAGCGCUUUCCUGCCUGGACCGGGAGGCGCACUGGCCGGCUUGGGGAACGGCGGCUCCACCGCCCCUCUGGGUCCCCUGAGCGGGUUGGGCUCGCUGAGCACAGCCGGCCUGACUCCGGGCUCCCCCAGCCUGGCGCAGACUUCGUCCGGCUCGGGUCUGUGCAGCGAGUGCAAACUGGUGGAGGUGCACGGCGUGAAGGUGGCCAGCUUCAGCGUGGACGGCCAGGAGCUGAUAUGCCUGCCGCAGGUGUUCGACCUCUUCCUGAAGCACCUGGUGGGCGGGCUGCACACCGUCUACACCAAGCUGAAGAGGCUGGACAUCACGCCCGUGGUGUGCACCGUGGAGCAGGUGCGCGUCCUGCGGGGACUCGGCGCCAUCCAACCCGGCGUGAACCGCUGCAAGCUCAUCUCCAGGAAGGACUUCGAGACGCUGUACCAGGACUGCACCAGCGCCAGCUCUCGCCCAGGCCGUCCUCCCAAGCGUUGUUCUGGUGCAGGGAUCCAGGAAAGCCCCAGGCUGCUUCACCCAGGCCUCCCCGGCCUGCUGUCCCCCAGCCUGCUGUCCCACACUGGCCUGACAGCUGCAGCCAUGGCCGAGCUCCAGAAGCUUCAGAAGAUGAAGAUGAUGAUGAGCCUCCAGAACGGUAAUGAGUCAGACAACGAGGACUUACACUCCAAUACAGGAGGAAGUGAGUGUUCCUGGGAUAAGGAGCGUCUGACCAGCCCCCCUGCUGGUGCCCACAGCGGAGGGCCGGGAGGAGGAGGAGGUGGUGGUGGUGGAGGAGCACCACCAGUGGGAGGAGGAGGAGUAGCUGGUACUGGUGGUGCAGCGGGAGGUGCCGGGAGGGGGCCCACCUUAGGAGCUGUCAAUCAGCAACAGCAACUCCAGCAGCAACAGCUACUGGCAAACAGGUUGGAUCUGCCUUUUAUGAUGAUGCCCCACCCUCUGCUGCCCAUGGGGCUGCCGCCUGCGUCUGUUGCCAUGGCGAUGUCACAGAUGAACCACCUAAGCACCAUUGCCAACAUGGCUGCUGCAGCCCAGCAGAUACACACUCACGUACACCGUGCACCUGUCAUCAAGGAGAGAGUGUGCGACAGCCCCUCGCUCUCCCCGUCUGUUGACGAAACCAAUACUCCUCUGCAGUCGCAGCCCAGCAGCUCAGCCUCCAGCUCGCCUGAAAGACUGGGACUGGUGUCAGCUGAUGCAGAUGUUGCGCUGACCAACUCUACUCCACCCAUCAAGAAAAUAACAAAGGACAAAGAGGAGUCUCCGCUCGGACAAACCCUGCCGCCCGGGUUUCCUGCUCCGUUCCUGUUCGCUGACGGCCUGUCGUCAGUGGAGACCCUCCUCACCAACAUACAGGGCCUGCUGAAGGUGGCUGUGGAGAACGCCCGGGCGCAGGACAAACAGAUCCAGGCGGAGAAGAGGGAGCUGAAGAUGGAGCUCUACAGGGAACGGGAGAUGAGAGAGAGUCUGGAACGACAGCUCACCUCUGAACUACAGAGCAGAGCCUCCAUCCAGAAGCGGCUGAAGAAGGAGAAGAAGGCCAAGAGGAAGCUGCAGGAGGCGCUGGAGUUCGAGUCGAAGAGGAGGGAGAGAGUGGAGGACGCUCUGAAACACUCGUCCUCGUCCUCCCCUUCUCCUGAGCCGCUGCACGCUGCCAACAACAACAACAACAAAAAGAACGACGCUGCUGUAGCCGAGGACAAACCUGAAGUUAAUGGGAACCAGCAAGACAACGGCGCUGUACAAGAAUCGCGGCCGUUUCUGAAGACUCCCAUGAUGUUCUAGAGGGAGACUCCGCCUCCAGAAUCCCGGCCCUGCACAGAAGAACUCCACCAGCCCACUUCCACGGCAGCCUGGAUCACCACAGAUAUGACCUCCCCAGGCGGGACUCUAUCUUUGCUGCAGAGCGACCUUUUUUUGACGUUGCUAUGAUAAAAAUGGGACUACUAAGAGACAAACUCCCUAUCUGGACGUACUUUGGGGCCUGUCUCUCUACCUUCUCUUUCUCCUUCUUCUUCUUUUUAGACAAACUUCACUCCAUUCAUUCCUCUUUAUCUGUCCUUGCAGCAGAACUUGUUCCUCAUUUGUUUCCGAAACUGAAAACUGAAAGUCAUUCCCAAGGAUUUGAAAAAAAAAAAAAAAAAAAAGAGGCAGCAAGAUGUGACUGGGCUGGAUGACGUCAACAUACUCUCAAAUUCGGACAGAUGAGAAUCAACAUGGUUGGACAUGAUUUAGAAAAAUCAGUUAAAAGAAAAAAUUCCAAGGCUGUUGAUGAUUUGCAGGAGCUAAAAAGUUUCAACUCUCACUCUCUAAGUGUGUCGCUGGACAAGAGAAACAAAAAACACACAAAUAAAUAAAUAAAUGAAUAAAAGGGAGGCAUGUAUAAAAUAUCAGGAAGGAACAAACUGAAGAUGAAAAGAGGAAAACAACUUGGGAGGCUAUUUCUGUCUUGUGUUUCAUUAAUUUUUAUUUUCCGUACAGGGACUGAAAAGAAUGCAUGGGAAAACUUUUGUGUUGUUGUUUGGCUUAUUUUAACCUCCAUACACUCCUUAACUUGAACUCUCCCUUUUCUUCCCCCUCUUAUGAACUCCCCACCACCUCUUCAUUUCAUUUCUACCUCUUAUUUUUUUUAAAUCCUUUUUAUUAAACCCCUCCCAUCCUUCUGUAUAUUCCCACUGCCCAAUUCCUCUCUUUCAUACUUGUUUUUUUCCCGUCUACCUCUUCGACGUCUUCUCUCUCCCUCUCUCUGUAAAGGAGACAUUACUCUGAAAAUGUUGGAUGCAGCUUUUCGAUGUAUGAAGUAUUUUCUAUCACCCUUAAAACAACCUAUGGAAUCAGUUUAUGAAACAAUGCAAGAGUUAAAAAAAAAAAAAAAAAAAAAAAAAAAAA